GAAAUAGCAAAUUAACAAACGGUGUAUUGAUAAUUUUCACCAACGAAGGAUGAUCUCAUGAAAACAUUAACAACUUGACAGAAAUGUUUGGACGAGUUGAUGACCAUCAGAGGUCAGAGUUCCUAGAGCAAACGAAAGCUCAGCGGGAAGAAAGGGCUCAGGAAAAGAUGCGGGAAAAGUCUGCUCUAACAAUACAGUGUGUGUAUAGAGGCUACAAGGCUAGAAGGAAGCUAGGGGAUGCCAUCAGGUUAGAGAUUGACCAACUGAUGACAAAACCAGAGACUGAAAAUGGAGAAUACCGUCCAAAUUUCAGACCAGGCGUGGAAGUGUACAAGCUCCUGCGGGGCUAUCUCUUCCUGUCCCCACACCAACCAGAAAUUCAGAGUUUUGAGAUUGUUUGCAGAUAUCUUCUUGCCUCUAUGGAUUCUGAUGAUAUAAAGGUCAGUUAUGUUUCUGUGUCUCUGCUGAAAGAAUUUGUGUUGCCAUGGAUACAGCAGGUCAAGGACAUUUUAUGGAGAUGUGUGCUGGUCCUCAAACAGCUAAAGCCGGAGAGUUAUGUUGAUGUGCGCUUGAUGAUGGUCCACCUACGCAUGCUUGUCACAUUCUCUCACACCUCCACUUGGAGAAUACUCAGGGGCAAAGGAGAGCAUCUGACAGCUGGGAUGACUCAGCUGUGUCACAACAUCAUGGGACACCUUAACAACAAGGGGCUGUAUCCAGUACUAAAGGGUUUGCUGUUCCGAGGUCUGGCGCGGAGCAAGCCGGCGUUUACAAAGACCUCCCUCACUGCCAUCCUCACCAUCUCACUCAGGCCUGUGAUGGCAGCCAAAUUCUCAGACAAUCUGCUGUCACUGUUUGUGCUAAACAUCCUUGCUGUUCCAGCCAUCGUCCAUCACAUUGCUACUCUUGCUCCAGAUUGCCUGACCCUACUGAUAACAAACCGAGUAUUCAAGAGGUCUCUGGAUUUGUUGACCAAUGAGCAGAGUACUCGUAUUAUCUUCAACUCCCUCGAAGGAAACUAUGCCUUAUGUUUGCUGGCGAACAUGAUUCAUCUUGGUUACUCCGAACUCGAAGGACUUGUAGAAAAUACAACCAGUUUUAUGACAGUGACGAUGCGUUUGCUGGACAAAUGUAAGCACUAUGUCCAGAACAAGAGGUCCAACCUAACCCACUGGCAUCCGGUACUUGGAUGGUUCUCCCAAAAUACCGACCAUGGGUUACAUGAAGCAAUGCCAUUCGUUGUAAAGCAGCUGCAGAUCCUGUGGUGUAACAAGAUGAUCCGGCUCCUCUUUCUCGAGCUGAUUGAGUAUGUGGACCAUGCUCGAUCAGUAGAACUUGCCAGGAACACUGGUAAAGAGAAAGGGAUUAUAAAGAAAGCCCUGGACAAGGCGUCCUCGAGGAAUGCUGUGUCCAAGGUGCGUGUGGACAGCGGGAUCUGUGUAGCGACGUGCCUGCCAUGUGUUCUCUACCAGUCUGCUAUAACAACCCUCUCACAACUCAGGCUCGACAUCAUCAGUGGUCUGAGCUACCAUGAGAUCCUGCUGCGGUACUUGUGGCGGUUCCUGAGUGACCUUGGCCCUGUGUGUGGCCUCAAAGUGUUCCUCGACCUCCUCACUUCCGCCCCAGACUCUACCAUACACCCUGUAUUCUCCAUGCUAACACUUUUCUGUGAGACUGCAGCCAACUACAUAUGCACAUUGGACCAGAUAGAGAUGUUUGAGCAGCAGAAGAUGUUUACAGUGGAUGAUUACAUCCGCAUGUCAGAGUUCCUUAAUCUGUUUGUCUUCAGGACCAUAUGGGGUGGUCUUAUCUCGUUAAGCAGUGCGGUGACGAGCGAGUUGUUCAUCAGUGCGCAAGCUCUCCUUAUGAUUCUUUACGAGAGGGAUAGUCGCCACAGAUUUACCCAACCCAACCACUGGCUUAUUAAGGACAUUAAGCCAAGCAGUUUUCUCGCUGAACUGGAAAGGGGAAAGAAGACCGCGCAGUAUAUAAUGCAGAAAAUCCCCCAUAUUAUACCAUUUUCAGAGCGUGUGAAGAUAUUCCGGAGGUAUGUUCAGAAGGAGAGGGAGACACUAGGCCUGUGCGAGUCCGCUAGCGCCACGCCCCAGUCAACGCUCAUCACAGUACACCGGAGCAGGAUCGUAGAGGAUGGUUAUCGGCAGUUGGCCCAGCAGCCAGCACGAAGUAUGAAGGGCCUGAUUCGUGUCAGGUUCAUAAAUGAACAAGGUCUCGAUGAGGCUGGGAUUGACCAGGAUGGGGUAUUUAAGGAAUUUCUCGAGGAAACUAUCAACAGGGUUUUUGACCCCUCACUCAACCUUUUCAAAGUUACCAGCGAGCAGAAGCUGUUCCCCUCCUCGACCUCCUACAUCCAGGAGAACCACCUCCACCUCUUCGAAUUUGUUGGCAAGAUGCUUGCAAAGGCUGUAUAUGAGGGGAUAAUAGUGGAGGUUCCGUUUGCACCGUUCUUCUUGACCCAGAUCCUUGGGCAUGGCACGAGCUCCACGUACAGCAGCCUUGAUGAGCUACCCUCUCUCGACCCUGACUUGGCAAAGAACUUGUCCUACACAAAGCACUAUGAUGGUGAUAUCAGUGACCUUGACCUGACUUUUUGCUAUGAUGAGGACAUCAUGGGCCGCGUGGAAACGCAUGAACUUGUACCUGGGGGCAAGGCCAUCCCUGUUACCAAUGACAACAAGAUUCGCUAUGUUCAUCUGAUGGCGCACUUUCGAAUGUACCGGCAGAUCCGUGAACAGACCCUGGCCUUCAUACGAGGCUUCAAGUCCCUUGUGAAUGCCGAGUGGCUUAAUAUGUUUUCUUCCCCAGAACUCCAGAAACUCAUGUCUGGGGAUACAGCGGACAUGGACAUAUCUGACCUCAGAAAGCACACCCAGUACUAUGGAGGCUACCACAAUAAUCACAAGGUGAUUAACUGGCUCUGGGAUGUAUUGGAAAAAGAUUUUAAUCCCAAAGACCGAGCGGCCUUUUUAAAGUUUGUAACUAGCUGCUCCAAGUCACCUCUGCUGGGGUUUGCCCACCUAGAGCCCCCAUUUUCCAUCCGCUGUGUGGAAGUCAGUGACGAUCAGGACACCGGGGACACAGUGGGAAGUGUUCUGAAGGGUUUUUUUAACAUACGGAAACGUGAGCCGGUGGGUCGGCUCCCGACCUCCUCCACCUGCUUUAACCUUCUUAAAUUACCCAACUACCAGAAGAAAGCUACACUGAGAGAGAAACUCAAGUAUGCGAUCCACUCAAACACAGGAUUUGAACUCUCAUGAAAAUACAUUUUGUAUUCACUUUAGCUACGAAUUCAAACUCCCGGAUUCAAACUCCUGGAUUCAAACUCCCGGAUUCACACUUCUGGACAAACUCUCAUGAAUACAUGUUCGUAUGUCAUUCGAUUCAAUUAUGGAUUCACACUAUAGAUUCACACUAUAGGAUUUGAACUCUCAUGAAUACAUGAAACCGCGUAACCUGAUUCUGAAUUGACAUUACGGAUUUGAGCUGUCAUUGCUAUAAGUGUGCUGUGAAUUUUAUAACAGAUUUUGAGCUCUGACAUUUACAUUGCCUUAUGUAGUGUUUUUAAAUAGGGCAGGUUGCUGCAGAAGAGGGAGAAGGGAAGAAAGGGCACGAUAUGAGGAUGUGAUCAACUUGAACAUUAUACAUUUGUCAGAAUAUUUAAGGAAUUGUGGUAAAUUGCAGUCCUAUUAGGUUUUAACUGCCAUAUAUGUAAAGUCUGAACGUAUUUAUAAUCAUAUUACAAAUUUAAAGCAUAAAUAUUUGACAGACUGAAGUAUUUAAUUUUUUGAAGGCAGAAGGGUGCCUAUCCUGGUUUCCAUAAGGACAGAAAGGUGCCUAUCCUGGUCUCUAUUAGGACAGAAGGGAGCCUAUCCUUGUCUCCAUUAGGACAGAAGGGUGCCAUCAAAAAUGAGAGGGUGCAGCACCCAUCCACAAGUAUUUAGCCCAAGCCCUACCUUUAUACUUUUAGAAGGAUAUAAACAUCAUUCAUUUUGCUUUACAACAGCAAUUACAAAUAACCAGUGUUAUAAUAGCUAAUUCUAGUCAGCAUAUGGAAUUAUUCUUGUCUGUUCAUCACAGUAUUCGAAUGUCUGGAAACCUUGUAUGUUUAAAGCUCCUCUUACGCCAUAAGAAAGGUUUCUUUGAUCCAGAUUCACGUGCCGAUGUCCUCUAAAGGAAGGAUUUUGUGCUGCGCCUAUUUUGACCAGAUUUAUGGCCCUUUUUAUUUUUCUCUCUAAAACUAUAAAAUGAAGGAUGUAUUUUGCGCUGCGUCCAUUUCGACCAGAUUUAUGGCCCUUUUUUAUUUUUUCUCUUAAACUAUAGAAUGAAGUGAUAAUUUUUUUAUUAACUUCUCAUUCACCAUUCGAAGGAUUUCCUUCAAACUUUAUAUGAUCAAACAUGUGAAAAUGACAGUAUGAAUCAUCGACCCAAAUUAUGAUCCUUUGUUACUUGUGAAGAUUAUAGUGUUCACAAAAUGUUUGUUUUAUUUAUAAAAAUUAUGUAUUGUUUUGUAUCGUCAUUAAAGCUAAUUUUAUUAAUAAUAAAACAAUGAAAUAUUU